CGUAAAGGUGCGGAUACCAAGUCGUGUAGUGUAAUAUUAACAUAGUCUUUCAAUUAGGUCUAUUUGUAAUGUUGGUUAAUAUAGUAAUAUCUCAGUGAAUGAAUUUCGAAGUUAUUGUUCACGAACAGAGCGUAAAGUAAGUGGUCUCGGCGAGUGAACAAGAAUUAAACGUUGUAAUUGUUUGAUCUUAUUGUUUUGCUACAAUCGUUGGUUUGCAUUUUGUGGAUAUGCACGCCUUCAAUCAACACAGUUGAACACCAAUUUAGAUUUUUUAAUAAUAUGCCAGGUCUCUGCACUAUUAUGAAGAACUGUCUUGGCCUUCACUACAAACAGUAGACCGAUCAGGAUGAAAUUCGAUUAAAAAAUGGACUCUUUGAUUCGUUGGGCCUAAAUACCCGAGUUAAUUUUUCUCUCGUUAUAAAUUUUGCUUCGAUAUAAACUUUUAAAGUAAACACGGCUGGCAGUUCUUAUCUUGAUGCAGGUAGCUGCUUCAUGCUCCGUAUCCGGCGGAGUGGCGGCCAUGGCUGGAGCGGCCGUCGCCUGUCCAUUUGAUGUCAUCAAAACCCGCCUGCAAUCAUCCCACUCCUACUCCACAAACAGCUCACUGCCAUUCCAGAAGUGUUCCCAGAAGCCACGGAGAUGCAGCAAGUACAAUGCUCACUUCGAUUUCAACAGGUCACUGUCUGUAUUGGGAGAAACUCCUCAGUCGUCGUCCAGUAGUAGGGCUGUGAUGGCUGAAAUGAGUCCCUUUUUGAUACACACAGGCUUGUCAAGAGAUGGAGGGGGGAAGAUUGACAGGAUAAAUCACAGUAAGCCUUCAGUUGUCCGAAUUGUAAGGUCUGCAAUAAAAAACGAAGGAUUCUCUUCUUUAUUCAAAGGCUUACUUCCAUCUUUGGCUGCAGUUGCACCUUCAAAGUGUCUUUAUUUUGGCUUUUACUCGGUCUUCAAAGACUUCUACACGAUAUUUUUUCCAAUGAACUCGCAUGCUAACAUUCUUACGGCGUCGAUAUCGUCCGGGUUCAUCCAAGCCACCACAAUAUCGCCUUUAUUCAUGAUCAGAACUAGGCUGCAAUUAUCAACCAAGAAAGUGACUGUAAAGCAAUGCUUCGACGAGAUCUAUCAUGCGCAUGGUGCCAGAGGCUUCUUCCGAGGACUCAGUGCAACGUAUCUUGGUCUGUCCGAGACGGCCUUGUACUUCCUAAUGUAUGAGAAUAUCAAGUGGUAUCUGAGGAGGGAAAAGUACCUCAGUGGGGACAUAGACGCGAAGAAUUCUGCACUGGUCGGAAUCUCUGCGAUAGUUUCCAAAGUGGUCGCGACGGGUGCUGCAUAUCCGCAUGAAGUGGUGCGUACUCGCAUGCGCCAAAAGGACGCGAAUUACUCUGGUUUAUUGGACUGUUUCCGUGUCAUCAACCGACUGGAGGGAGUAAAGGGAUUCUACAGGGGAAUAGAAGUAGAAUUGCUGAAGAAAGUCCCGAAUGUGGCAGCUGUUUUUAUUGUAUACGAGACAUUAAUGUCUUACUUCUCCAAGCAAUUUAUGAUUCCAAAUUGACGAAAUACUAAUACAAAUGGGAAUACUAACUUUACUCGCGUUUGAAAUGCUUAGCUGGACAUUAGAUUUGAGUUUAUAACGUAAAAUGAGGGCUGGUAUCUCUUGUUUUGUAAAAAAAAUGUGAAGUUUGUUUUUG